GUCAUCGGGGUGCGCUUUGAGGACGACGCCGUGGUUGCCGGAAGUUGAGCGGCGUAGGUAAUAAAUAAUGGCGGUAGCUACAGGAGAUCCUGGACUCUACAAAUUGCAGUUUGCCCCCUUCAGCAGUGCCUUGGAUGUUGGAUUUUGGCAUGAGUUGACCCAGAAGAAGCUGAAUGAGUAUCGGCUGGAUGAAGCUCCCAAGGACAUUAAGGGUUAUUACUACAAUGGUGAUUCCGCUGGGCUGCCAGCUCGCUUAACAUUGGAGUUCAGUGCUUUUGACAUGAGUGCUCCUACCCCAGCUCAUUGCUGCCCUGCCGUUGGAACACUACAUAACACCAACACACUCGAGGCUUUCAAGGCUGCAGAUAAGAAGCUACUUUUGGAACAAGCAGCAAACGAGAUAUGGGAAUCCAUAAAAUCAGGCACUGCUCUUGAAAACCCCAUCCUCCUCAACAAAUUCCUCCUUUUGACAUUUGCAGAUCUGAAGAAGUACCACUUCUACUAUUGGUUUUGCUCCCCUGCUCUCUGCCUUCCAGAGAGUAUACCCCUCAUUCAAGGGCCAGUGGGCUUGGAUCGAAGGUUUUCACCAAAACAGAUUCAAGCCCUCGAGUGCGCAUAUGAUGAUCUCUGUCAAGCUGAAGGAGUCCCAGCGCUACCUUACUUCUUAAUCAAAUAUGAUGAGAACAUGGUGCUGGUUUCCUUGCUUAAACACUGCAGUGAUUUCUUCCAAGAUCAAAGGGUAAAGAUAACAAUUGGUGUAUAUGAUCCCUGUAACUUAGCCCAAUACCCUGGAUGGCCUUUGAGGAAUUUUUUGGUGCUAGCAGCUCACAGAUGGAGUAGUAGUUUCCAGUCUGUUGAAGUCCUCUGCUUUCGGGACCGCACCAUGCAGGGUGUUAGAGACAUCACCCACAGCAUCAUCUUUGAAGUGAAGCUUCCAGAAAUGGCAUUUAGCCCAGAUUGUCCCAAAGCAGUUGGAUGGGAAAAGAACCAGAAAGGAGGCAUGGGACCAAGGAUGGUGAACCUCAGUGAAUGCAUGGACCCUAAAAGGUUAGCUGAGUCAUCAGUGGAUCUAAAUCUCAAAUUGAUGUGUUGGAGAUUGGUGCCUACUUUGGACUUAGACAAAGUUGUGUCUGCCAAAUGUCUGCUGCUUGGAGCUGGCACCUUGGGUUGUAAUGUAGCUAGGACACUGAUGGGGUGGGGCGUCAGACACAUUACAUUUGUGGACAAUGCCAAGAUCUCCUACUCCAAUCCUGUGAGGCAGCCUCUCUAUGAAUUUGAAGAUUGCCUAACCGGUAGCAAGCCCAAGGCCCUGGCUGCAGCAGACCGGCUCCAGAGGAUAUUUCCCGGAGUGAAUGCCAGAGGGUUCAACAUGAGCAUCCCCAUGCCUGGCCACCCAGUGAACUUCUCCAGUGUCACACUGGAGCAAGCCCGCAAGGAUGUGGAGCAGCUGGAGCAGCUCAUUGACAGCCAUGAUGUUGUCUUUCUGUUGAUGGACACCAGAGAGAGCAGGUGGCUUCCUGCUGUCAUUGCUGCAAGCAAGAGAAAGCUGGUCAUCAAUGCUGCCUUGGGCUUUGACACAUUUGUUGUCAUGAGACAUGGCCUGAAGAAACCUAAGCAUCAUGGGGCUGGGGACUUGUGUCCCAGCCACCCUGUGGCACCUGCUGACCUGGGCUCGUCGCUUUUUGCCAACAUCCCUGGAUACAAACUUGGCUGCUAUUUCUGCAAUGAUGUGGUGGCCCCAGGAGAUUCAACCAAAGACCGGACCUUGGACCAGCAGUGCACCGUGAGUCGUCCAGGACUGGCCAUGAUUGCAGGAGCCCUGGCAGUGGAAUUGAUGGUUUCUGUUUUACAACAUCCAGAAGGGGGCUAUGCCAUUGCCAGCAGCAGUGAUGACCGCAUGAAUGAGCCUCCAACCUCUCUUGGGCUUGUGCCUCACCAGAUCCGGGGAUUUCUGUCACGGUUUGAUAAUGUCCUUCCUGUCAGCCUGGCAUUUGACAAAUGUACAGCUUGUUCUUCCAAAGUUCUUGACCAAUAUGAACGGGAAGGAUUUCAUUUCCUGGUGAAGGUGUUUAAUUCUUCACAUUCCUUCUUAGAAGACUUGACUGGUCUUACAUUGCUGCACCAAGAGACCCAAGCUGCUGAGAUCUGGGACAUGAGUGACGACGAGACCGUCUGACGCAGCCCGCCCUCACGCGGCCACCUUCUCCCCGGUGCCUGCUGGGGGCUUUCAGUGGCCGGAGCAGGAUUGCCACCCCAAGACUCGUGACUCUGGGCCCUGCAUCCCUCUCACCUUGCCGGUCCCUCUGCCUCCGUACCUUGAGGACUGGGGCCCUCCCUCUGCUGCCAGGAGCUUCCGGUGCUCUCCAGUUCUCAUGCUUCCUGACCUCACCAGUUCUGAGCUAAAUAAUAACCUUGGCUUUGGCAUUGCCAUCAACCUGGGACUUGGUUCCCUCCGCGCACAGUUCUUUUUUCUGGUCGUCACAGUGUUUGUUUGAUAGUCAAGAUCCCCAGGACCCUUUCCACCUUGGCCCCCCUCAUGGGGUGACAGGGCGGACUCGGCCUAACAGACUCCAUGGGGAACUGACAAGCCAGCUUCUCCUGGAGACCAUGUGGGGCUGCACUGCAAACCCCACCCCUGCCCAUCUGCCGCUCGGCCCAGCCCUCCCCUGACACCGCUCUGCCCUCCCGGGGGGCCUGCUGGUGUCUGCCCGAGGCCCUGACUCCAGUGCGGGGUGGCGGCUGUGUGUCUGCCUCCGUCUGUGGCCAAGUGUCCAGCGGGCAGUGAGUUUCAGGUGGGCCCUGCCACGUGUCCCUCAGGCUCGGACUGAUUUUUCAUCCUCAGUCUGCACACCUGCGACACCCACAGAGGUGGGUGUGGGAGCCUGAGAGAGAGGAGGUGCCCUUCCCAUGCUUUUUGCCCUUGUGGUAUCACCCGUAGUCUCCAGCCUGGAACCAGAGUCAAAACUAGAUUAGAGUUUCUAUAGGUUAGGUUUUAAAGGAUGCUUCUCACCAAGUUAAAGUCAGUUUUCCAGUCGAUCACGGUGUGGACAGGGGCGCCUCUGCAGACAGGCUCAGGGCUGCUGUCGCUCCAGGACCCAAGGUCACACGUACAGUCCAUGGUUUAAGAGCACUUUAUUAUUGUUCUUAAGGCUACUUUUAAGUACAAAAAAAAGAUGGCCUGCCAAACCUUUUUUUUCUUCUUCUUCCAGGAAAAACAGGCCACAGAGAAUGGUAUAUUACAGAUUUACAAACACGGAGAGAACUGUCUGAACACACUGCAGACGGCAUGGCUCUGUGAAGAACGCACUGUGCUCCUCCCGAGGCCGGGGAGUGUGUCCUCACCCAGUGAAAUGUCUGGUUCCUGCUCCCCGUCUGCCUGAGGCCCCCCCAGGGUGCUGCCUAUCCCAGAUAGGCCAGUGAGUGCACCGGGGACCCGGGCGUCAGCACCACUGUCCCCUCCCACAGCCGUGCCCGCGUCACUGACAGAGCUGUCCGAGGAGCCGUUCUUCACAGAGCCCGCCGGCAGUGGGGUGGUUUCCUGUGGCGACGCUCAGUAGCCUGUAGCAAUAACAAACUAGUGGCUAUUAAGGCAGAUGCAGUGUUCUCAUAGAAUAACUGUGUUCCUGCACUUUUACAGACAAAUCUACGACGAAAAAAAGAUCAACUUUUUUUUCCAAACAAAAAAAUAUGAAUGAUUACAAUAGGAACGGGAAAAAUUAAAUAGCUACAUAUCAUUAACAAAUUAAUUGUUCUUCAAAAAAUACCUACAAAUUUCUCUGUACAUUCUUUACGCACAGCGUAAUGAUGGUCUUAAAGUUACCUAUAUAAAAAAAGUGUUCUCAACGAUUUUUCCUACAGAAAAUACAGGGGCCCGAACGCGAAAGCCUGGAAGCCCAGUUAAGGGGGAGUGAAAUGUGUGCAGGGGCGAGAGGACAGGGCUGUUCUUUCCCGUUUCCAAAGACCUGCAGCCACCCUGUGGCCACAGCAAGAGCCAAUCCUCCGACCUUUUCACCCAGCGCCAAUUUUCAAAAUGAACCAACUGACCUGUAUUUUUCUCAUAUGGAAAACCAGCCUCGAGGGCUCCCACGAGCCCACAAUUCCUUGUGGGCGAAUGGUCACGCCAGCGUCACCUGCCCAGGCGACGCCAGGCCCUCUGGUGAGCGAGGCUGGGGUGCAGCCCGGUGGAGGGGCGGGGGAGACACGUGCGUUUACCGAAAAGAGCAGCAGCUGUUGAACGUCCACAGCUGUGUCUGUCAUGCUUUCUUCUUCACCUAAGUUCUAGUUAGUAGCUAUUACUAUAGCAAACGAUAAUAAAUGCAGUAACAACUGUAUAAAGUCAGAGGAAUGUAUACUGCCUUGGCCCCGGCGUACGAGGAAGCACACAAAAUAGCACAUCACAGAUUGUCAGGAAUCUGCUGUUCAGCCAAGAGAGCUAAAGGGAGAGUUUCUGCAUGGAGGGUAGUUGGUAAACACAAAUCCCAACUCCCCUGGGAACUAGUAAUAAGCAGACAGGGGUGCAAAAAAUAAAUGAUGCGGUCAGCCUGCAGCAAAAAUUCCAGCAUCCUACACCACGGCUGACCGGUGAGCGACUCAACGCCCUUCGUCAGGGCCUGCCCGGGGCCGCCGGCCCCACACUACUUGGGAGCAACAUGAACAUCAAAUACAAAUCUUAGAGUACAACUGUACCAGCAGUAAGUAUAUCUAGGACUGUAACUGACAAAAAUAGACUAAUUCUGAACAGAAGCUAGUAAGUAUUAAGGUUUGUGUUUACUGUCUAUACAAUUAAUAGAAACCAGCUAUUUUUCUCCCUUAAAACAUGCAUCACGUUUAAAGCACUACGGAACCUCCAACCUCAGCUCUAGCCUAACAAACUGCAGUGUUCAGAGAAAGUAAAAUGCCCGUGAUUGGUGGAGUCUGCAGUCCGGUUGCAAGCACCUGAAAUCUAGAGAGAAAGACCUAUAACCUGUAUGAGACUUCCCCUUCCAAAGCUGUUUUGUCUAAAUU